AUGCAGCAGCGCCGCUCUCUCCCUUCAUUCAUUGUCCGCUUCCUGGAGCCAUCUUAGGCAGAAAAGCGGCUAACGCUCGUCGAGCGCACCCGACCGUAAUCCGAGGCAUCCUCGGCGCAGCGACCGCACAGCUUCACGAAACCGACUCCUUUCGAAAGCCGACAACCAAGUUCGACUCUAGGCUGCGAUAUUUGGCGUCGGGAGCUACUCGCCGAGUGCGAAAUUAGCGCCGCAAGUUGGACGCGCGACCUUGGCAACAAAAGAAGAAGAAGCCAUUGCUUCAUUUUUCGGGGUUCCCUCCCCGUCUCUUCGUCAGCCCCCGGUCGGGUCGGGAGUCGCGCCUUCGGACCGGGUUCUCGAGGCCCAUCACCUCGGAGAUCAACCAUCAAGAAGAACUCGCGCUCCGGUGUUGCUGGUGGUUGUUUUUCUUUAACAAACAACCAAGAGAUUGUGAUAAUGUCUGCUGACAGAAAGCUGUUCGCCGCCGCGAGUUACCAGCUGAGUCAACUGGACGGUGUCGGGGCCAGUGCCUACGCGACCCCGCAAGGCCCUCACGGCAGGACGACACGGCCACGUCUUGGACGACCACCGGCGAAGAGAAAGUUGGAGUUGGAAGUUCCUGACCACCAGUACCUGAGCGGGGAGUUCCACACGCCCAGGGGGAAGGGACGCACGCCUUAUCGCCCGCACAGCCCCCGCACUCCCAAGUCGCCGUCGGAGCGUUCCCGCUACGACACCUCGCUCGGGCUCCUCACCAAGAAGUUCCUGGGACUCAUGAACCAAUCAUCGGACGGCGUCGUUGACCUGAACCGCGCCGCCGAGACGCUGGCCGUGCAGAAGCGGCGCAUCUACGACAUCACCAAUGUCCUGGAGGGCAUUCACCUCAUCCGCAAGAAGUCCAAGAACCACAUUCAGUGGGUCGGGCAGUCGCCCCUGGACACUGGCACCCAGGCCCGAGGGCUGCCCCAGGAGGUGUCCGAGCUGAGUCGCAAGGAGCGCGCCCUCGACGACCUCAUCGGGAGCUGCACGGCCACUCUCAAGCAACUGACAGAGGACUCGCACAACCAGAGGCUGGCGUACGUGACGUACCACGACAUCCGCGGCGUGAGCAGCCUGCGCGAGCAGACGGUCAUUGCCGUCAAGGCGCCACCGGAGACGCGCUUGGAAGUGCAGGAUCCCGCAGAGAACCUGCGGAUGCACCUCCUGAGCAAGCGGGGCCCCAUCGAGGUGUACCUGUGCCCCGACGAGGCGCCCGACAGCCCCAUGAGUGGCACGAGCGGCGGUGGCGGCGCCAGCUCUGAGCUAACGCCGUGCACUCCGGAUCAGCAGGGAACCUCCGGCGAGGCGCGGGGAAGGUCGCCGGACGCCACCAGCAGAGACUCGGUGAGGAGAGACCUGGCAUUGGCCCUCAUGGCGUGCGGCAGCAACGACGUUUUAAGCCUCGACGGCGCAUCGGUCAACUGCUUGGCCGUGCCGGUGAACGUCGAAGAGAACGGAGCGACGCCUGGCGGCCCGUCUCCGCUCGGCACGCCGCGACGCAGCCUGCUCAUGCAGACUGAGGACCAGCUGCCCUGGGAGACGGAGACCAAUGGGGAGCUGCCCUUGGUCGCCCUGUCACCGCCGCUCGGUCCCGACGACUACCUGUGGAGCCUGGCGGAGAGCGAGGGCAUCAGUGACCUCUUCGACAUUGGCACCGACCUCGGCUCGCUGCUUGUGUAGGAAGGUGGGGGGAGAGGGAGCGGCGGCGGCGGCCCUGGUUUGGUCGCGAGGUGCUGCCCCCCCCACGCCAGACGGCAGAAGGAAACCCCCCCCCCCGACGGCUCGUGCCGCCGGCAGUGGCAAAGAGUGUUGGGAGCUCGUGAGCCGAGUGUGUGCCAGCGGAGACGUUGAGAAACUUUUUGCUAAAGCUGCGCCCCCGAUGUCAUCGCCCGGCCUCGACUUGCACGCAAAAUCUCGUGAUCGUCUCCAGAGCAGACGAUCGUGUUGUCAUCUGUCAACCGUCAUAUCCGUCGUCGAACGGGUUAAAGGUUUCAACACAUGAAAUUUCGUGUUUAUAUCCUUUUAUAACCGGUUGCCGCGCUGGUGUUGGUUGAUGCGGAGUCUGCGGAGAGUUUGGGUGGUGUGCGAAGUUGGUGGCUGGUGUUGCUUGGGCUGCUGCCGUUGUGUUCUGCCCGACUUGCUAUCGAACUUGGCAGCAGCUAGUCAUGUCCAACCGUACCCGGAGCCUAUUUUCUGGGUCGCUGCUAGACUGUAGUAGACACGUGACGAGUAACCACAGCCAUAGCGAGACGUUUACUGGACUUGGUAGUGCUGGGUGCCAGGAAUAUUUUCCGGGUCACCUACCUGGAUGGACCCAGCUGAAUUCAAGCCCUGACUGUACACUUAUCCUUUCGACCAAUUUUUGUUAUUUUCCCACUUCGUAAGAGAUGCAUUUUAAAUGUUAUGUGUGAGCAAUUAUUUUAAAAGCAUGUUGUUUAAAAAUGAAAUUAUUUAAUGAUUUCGGUUUAAGCUCGUUUGGUGGGCAUUACUUGCACCACGGCACGUAGUUUACGUGAAUAUUAAUAAUGUGUGCUCUUUUACACUUGUGUUUACAGCGAGGGUGGGGGUUUAGUGCUGAAUGCUUAAAGGUGGGAUACUCUAAAUGCCUCGGUAUGCAUGGAAAGGCGAUGUUUGGCCAUCGUAAGAUCUUAAAUUGUCAUGUAUAGCAUUUGUCUAUAUUUGGGGGGUCUGAUUUAUUCGUGUUUUGCUGGGAAUGGGGCAGGUGAUUGGUCAGGAUGCACUGAGGGCACCCUUAUACGUGUCCUCGUUGAUUUGUACACUUUUUGAGACAAAACAUAUUCAAGAUAUUUGAAAAUAACAAACGCCACUGCCCGUUUUUGCUUUUAGAAUUAUCGACCACGAGUCUCGUUGCCACGAACUCAAAUUUGAUGAAUAUUGACUGGUGCUCCGAGUAGAGUGGUACGACUGAUCAUUUGUUCAGCGAGCGCCAAUUAUUAGAGGUUUUUGUGGGCGGGGAGGGGGGGGGGCUAUGGUCACGUGUAUAAACGUGAGCUCGGCUCACGAGCGAUAAAUUAACUUUUGUGUCAACGCAUGCUGUUGUCCGGUUUCCGAUUGUGCUGUAACGCGUGACAGCCCCGGUACGUUCCACCUCGGCCGUGGUCACAUCGAUCGUGCUGGAUGACAAAAAAAAUAAAGUUUAUGGACGCAGAUGACGUGAACGCACGCUCAAGUCGUCUCUUUGAGAGGCGCAGCAGAGGAACACGCGCAUCGCCGAACGGGCACGGGAUUUUGGGUCCAGUACUCGCCGACGAGGGGGAAAUAAAGUGCACUCGCGCCUUGACGGCCACGAGAAUGGGCGAAUGAAAUGGAUCAAGGGAGAGGAAACCCGAGGAUAAGAAUUGCUCUCGAUGUGGAGGGGGGGUGUGCGGCGGGGAGACGGGAGUGACAUUCUGCAAGUGACUGGGAAGAAAAUCAAUCCGAUGCCUCGGUCUGUGGGCUGUGCACACAGACGUGGCUGUCGGAGGUGGUGAAGGGGAGGGCUUUGGUCAGCCGCUAGAGUUUAGCGUUCGAUGGCCGUGGUUCCCUGGCGCCUUGGGAGCGGGGCGGCCACAAUUGCAACCCCCACCGCCGCAAACGUACGGCCACGUUCACCAAUUCACACGCAAUAAUAAUAAUUGUUGUUGAUGUCGACACUGCCGUGCAGGUGUCCAUCACGAGGAAAUGAACAAUCGCUUUUUUGACGGUGCAGGGGAGGGGGGGCCCAAGGAUUUCUUCAAUAACGUUUGGCGUGUGGUGGUUGAAAUGGGACGUGGCAUUAUCAGCUGCUUUGUAAAUUAAUUUGCGAAGAGUUAGUAUAACAAUAAUAAGACUUGUGUUUUUCUGCCGUUUGAUAUUUUUGGGAAAUAUACACAAUGCAUAUAUAAUUUACAAUAAGCAAUAUGAAAGUGUAUAAUUUUGUCGUUGCAAUGUAAAUUGUUUGUACAGUUUGCUGUGAUUUAAUAAUUCCACGAACAGUAUUUCACUUGCAUUGGACCAGACUUGUGGAGGAAUGCGUGCUGAGUCGUCCAAGCUGCUAAUUAUCGACACCUCUCAGGAUAAUUGGCACAGCACCUCGGAAUUUGUACGGUGACAAAAUGGAAUAUCAAGGUGCUAAAUUGGUGCUGGGGAAUGUCCUGUAUUAGAGGCUCUCACAUGAAAAUAUCAACAUUUGCUCGGAUUCACAACUUUGAACAUAGCUUCUUUAACAGAGGUGAUAUGCCAGUGUAUAACAAUUGUAAACUGUACAUUCAUUGUCUUAAUUGAAAACGACAUCGCUUCUCAAUGCAACUUGCUCACUGCAGUGAAUGGGAAAUGGGGAGUGAUCAUGAUUGAAAAGAAUCGCUUGUCAGAAGUUAUUAAAUUACUGAUACGCAAGCUGUCCAUUGGCCAUUGGUCGCCUGCCUGAGAGCCAAUUCCGUUUCCAGUACGGCUUAUACUCCCAGGUGCUGUUCCCUUUUCUGCCUACACCUCGAAUGGAAUUCCUCGCCGUGUACAGCGUUGGUUUCCGAAUGUCACUCGUGGAGGAUGGUGCAUCGCUCGCUCGCAUUCGGCCUAAACAAGGGUGGUCGGAGUGACGCUCGGCUCGUCCGCGACACUUACAGAUGGGCCCUCGACCGCACAAUGGUUCUACCACUUCAAAAGGGCCCGCAGAUAUUUCUCUCUUCUCUUCCGCUGCACACUUCCAGUCUGGCAACCGGCGUGUUUCUAAUUUAAGUGUAACUUCUGUCGCCGCAAAGGGCCUGUUUGCGGUGACAGAAGAGACUUGCGCUUCGUGUGUGUCUGUUUAACGUGACCUGCCAAAGGUAUUUGAAACUCCUAUUUGGCCCUCGGUAAGGAAAAAGUCCCCCCCUCCCACACACACACACCCCUUGUCAUACAGUGCAUUGUUGUAAAUAGUCAGUGUUAUAGAAGUCCCCCCACUGGCCACUACCGAUGUGUGGGGGGCGGGGGGCAGCGCUCGCCACAUACCUUUCAACUCGCGUUUCACGUGAGACCUGCCUAUAACCCAAUCACCUGCAAUGCCCCGAAUUCUUAUCGGGUCUGAAUAAGCCAAGCCGAGUCGUUUUCCUCGAUGGCACUUGAAUAAGUGAUCAUUGUGCACCGCUGGUCGACGAGGGGGGGCAUUGCAGCAACAUCUGUUGCUGUCUCGUACUUGUAUUCUUUAAUGUCUAGUCUUCGCCAACCCGAAUUGACCAGCAUGACGACGUAUGGUCAAACAACCUCCAUGACCGAUCGGGCUUGGGAGCCCCCUCCCCAGGAUUGAUGCAAAAUAGUCUUGUCUCCCUGAGCCUCAAAUUUAUAGAGUAUCAACAGUCCCACCCCUGACCUGCAAUGCGUGAGUUGGCCCUCAUCCAGCAGUGGAUUGUACAAUGUGUCCCGAAGGGGAGUCAUCGCCACACCCACUGCCUUUCCGCCCCCCCUCCAUCCAAAAGCUUCAGGCUCUCACCAAUGCUGGAGCAUGCCCUGUUUAUAUAACAUCCUCGUAAUCUGUUUUACACUUAGCCUCGUUCUUAACCAAGCCGGAUCACCUCGCCGAGCGAGACGCCCGAUUGCACAGUGGUGCUGGGAAAUAUUUGGGCGAGGGGAGAGCGGUGAUGAGAGCUUAAGGUGUGACCAGGGGGUGGAUCGGAAAACACGCUAUGGGGACGCUUCCAAAAUUGAUAACUCCACCGUGCUUGCCAGAUAUAGCCGUCGGUCUAAAAAAGAGAACAGUAUCGCAGUACAGAAUGUAAAUAAGAUUAGUUUUACACUGCGUGGUGGAGACCUGAAAUAAGUCGUCGUGAGCUGGAGGGACCAUAAUGCAACACUAGAGAAACAGGAGAACGAUAGUGGACACGCCACAUUGCAGCGGGUUUUCGUGGCUGUGCCGUGUAUAGGUCAGGUCUUCGAUGUUGUUUUUGGGUUCUUUGACGAUGUCCGACGUUUCGCUGCACAUGAUAUUCAGUUCUUAAAAGCAGUUCCCAGAACUUGCAUUGAAACAUUGGGCAUCUUGCCGAACAACACGCAGUGAAACCCGAAAACCUAUCGGGAGUGGUAAUAAUUGCAUUGCCCUAAAGUUUCAUUGAACAAGCAUGAAUUGAUGGUAAACCUUUACCAUGAGCUCGUGUUUUUUUCCCUCCAUGAGUUUAUUUAUUAACAGUUGCUGUGCUGUGGAUUUGCAUUCCCCCCCUCCCGUUGUAUUGCCCAGUACUGUGCAUGUGGUGCAUUGUGGUUUUAUCGUGGUCGGUCACGUGUCAACAAAAAAAAAUGUGCUCGCCUCUUCAGAAGAAAAGCAAAAAAUAUAUUAGCAGAUUUGCCUUCACCGUGUUUGCAUUUCUAAGCCCCGCGUUUUAAUGAGACGUUUUGCUCAAUUUCAUUUAGGAUUCGUACUUCAUGCAGUACGCGCAUAUGGAGCUUUUGGGAAAAAUAUAUUUGAGAACGUGUUUGUAAAUACGGUGUUUCAAGCCAUCCUGUUGGGCUCUCUUCAGAAGCCCGCCCCGUCUUCGUGUGCUAAUCGACGUAAUUAAACAAGUGCAUUACUGGUAGGGCUUUCUGCAUUAAGGAAUAAUGGCAUUGGUGUGUGUAAUGAGUACCUUAUCCCACCCUCUGUCAUUCUCCACCCAUUCUCUAAAAUACAUCAUGCACUGAGGGUUUCUCAACGUUAUCUUUCAUUUAUAGUUAUCGAAAAUUCUAAAUUGAAUUCAAGAAUUUCUGCCGUUACAAAUACCCCUUUUGUCCAUUCCGUUGUUGCGAUGCCAGAGAUUUAAGAUCGUUUCUGGCACGUAUGCAGCCCUUUUCAAGACGACUGCUUUCAGUUCCUCACCACUUGUUGACCGACUUUUGCACUUCCAAACUUUUAGCACCACUAAAGCACACGUGUGUGUGUGUGUGAUACACGCAUUACGGAACUUUAACCUGUACAUUUAGACCGCCGUGAUAUUGUACAUCAGCAGCACUUCCCAUCGUACAGCAAUUGGCACAUUUGCCACCGCAUUGGAAAUGCUAAAUUUCACACGUGACUUUCUAGACGAUACCACUAACGCUCCACACAACCUCCUGCAGCGGUAUGUUAUUCUUUUAGGAAUAUCUUGAUCAAAAAGUGCAGGUUAACCUUGAAACACGCUCGUAUAUUAUCACGUGACAUGUUGGGUUUUUAUUUGCUUUUCAAGAUAAAGCCCAUUCCGCUGUUUACUAUUUUUCAAAGGUGACUUAGCCGCACAUGACAGCUCUUUGAAGUCACAUCAUCAUCAUAUGUGGGAGUUCAAGUUUUGGACAAUUUUGUGAAUCCCAGUUCAUUGUUAAUGGUGGUUUAGCUGAGUCCAUGUGGAACAUUUUAAUCAUAUUGGUGCUUUUCUUAAAAUGUUCCCAUGAUGUUUGCAAAUAAUCACUCGUUCUCACAACGCCGCAAAUAUAUAUUUAUAUAUAUAUAUACAACAUGUGCACAAAAACAGGUCCACGCAGCGCAUCUUUGAAGGAUUUUGUAAGGAAAACGCCAAGCAGUUGGACAUAGGUUUAAAUACAGUGGACCAGCACUAGUGGUUAAACACGAAUCGGUUACGUUAUAAAUGUAAUACAACCAAUGUAAUCUCGUGCUACCAAUCCAACAACUGUCAGUGUGCCGCCUCUGAUACGGUUACUAUUUUACACAGGUAUUUGCGCGUGUCAUGUUAAGUUAAAACUCGUGUUUAAAACCGUCCACCUUUACUACAGCAGGGGCUUCACAAAGACGACUACUUAUGCCUUAUGUGGGUCAACCAUUCCAUGCAGACUGAUGAACAGGUCCUCAGUGUGUGGAAUGUUUGAAUGGAAUCGUAGGUGAUGUUUGGAAACGCCUCCGCAUUGCUGCAUGAUGUUCACAGAAUGCUUUUGAUAACCACCUCAUUAUUUUUUUCCAACCAAAGGCAACAUAAUAUAUUAAAUAGCAGGGAUGCUACCCUGGUGUAGAGAACUUGCAAUUCAGAGUUGGCCGGUUCUCCCAGCACAGCAGUUGUUACGAUACGCGAGCUUCUUAACACCCACCCGUCCACCACGUCUCUUUCCACCCUGAAGCAUGCAUGGAUACACCGCAGUCGAUCAAAAAGAUCGUGUUUGGUUGGGUAAAGUUUGGCCGGUGUGGAAGAGUAGGCCAAUCACCCUAUAAAGGGGAGGGGCUCUCCAGAGUGCUUAGUGGAGGACCUUCCGUCCGGCAUCUGCAAGGCUGUGCCACCGCGUGGAGUAAAUCGUGAGUCGCUUUGUCGCACUUUGUUUUGCUCGAAACUCCGCCUCGCCUUCGACGCAUUCUAAAAACGAAUUUUCCUCCCAAGAGCAUUGAGGGAAGUUGCUUCAUGACCGAGGGAGGGUCGCCACCCGAAUUGUCCUCUCAAGGCUUCGUUUGGUUGUUUUCAUUUUUGACCACAGGUUUAUUUUGGGUGUAUAUAUCAAUACCAGGUCGUCGUCAUCUGGCGAGGCUAGAACAAUCCAACGUUUGAUUCUACGUCUUGUACUUUACACGUGCCUUGUACGCCAAUGGCAGAGGUGUUUGACCUGAGCCAAGAAAAUCGUGACCCAGUGUCACCACCACCACAUACAGCAAAGAACUAAAAGGACCGAGGUGACAGAAAAGCAGCAGAACUUCCAAUGUGUAACACAACGUAAAGACUAAAUAGUAAAACAAUUACAGAGUUAAUAUUUAUGGAAGGGAAUAUGUACAGAUUGCUUUGUGUGGUGUGUUUAGCAAUUAUAUUAAUAUUGAAAAAAAUAUGUUCCUCUUAAAACAUUUUUGCAAAAUGCGUGGUUUUAAUA